AAAGUUAGGCGUAGGCGUCCAGUUUCCGGUGUAAGAACGCGGAACAUUUCUGAGGAGGUCUUUCGAUUUUCCGAUGAAAGCGGGGACAGUUCUACUGAAUAUUCAUCAGUUUUCAAUUCAUUUAGGUAGAGAAUGCCUCUUGUAAAGGUAACUCUGAGGUGUUAAAACACCUUGGUCGUAAACUUGGCCGGCCUUGCUUGACUUACUUGAUCGUUUGAUCUGCUGAUUAAGAAAGAAUAUGUCGGAUCUGGAAGACAUCGAAGAUAUAUUCGAGGGAUGGUUAGAGAAACCAACAGAAGAAGAUACUAGUAAGACCAAGGGCUGGUUAAAAAAGUCUUUUACCAAGAAAUGGAAGAAGGGCUACUAUGUACUCCGAAAAUAUUGUGCAGGUGAUCAACCUUUCCUUCAGUGGUUUGAUAGAGAGGAUGGCUGGCGACGGCAAAUGCCGCGUGGGACAUUAGAACUGUUUCCAAGAUACAAGGUGUUUAAAAGACUGGAACACAGAGCUAGGCAACAUGUUUUUGAGAUAAGCACUGAUGCUGAGACAUUCAUAUUGGCUGCUGAGAGCGAGACUGUCAUGGAUCUGUGGGUGAUCCAAUUACAAAUGCAAAGUACCUUGAAUCCACGAGUAGCAGGUGAAGUGUUCAGGGUCAAAGGCAGCAGUAGUCGACAACUGCAGCGAAUUGGAGCCAAGGAACAACAGUGCCUGCUACAUAUCUCCAGAUGGGGUCUGACCUUAGCUCUGGAGCGGACACGAGCUGUGCUGGCUCAGUGGCCCCUAACAACAAUUCGGAGCUAUGAAGCUAUGGAUUCUAAUGAGUUUAUAUUUGAAGCUGGAAGAGCUUCACCCAUGGGUGAAGGGAAAUACAACUUCUUCACACACAAUGGUGAUGACAACAAGAUUUUUGAUGUGAUAGACAGUUUUGCCUCUGCUCGGCUCAGAAGACGUCAGGAUAACCGCCCCCCGGCAGCUUCAAGUGAAUUAACAGAAGAUGACAUUGAGAGAGCGUAUGAUCAACUAAGGUUUAGCCUCCAACCCAUCUCAGUCCCUUCAGUCAACCGGAAUGGUCAUGUGAGAAACAUCAACCAGAGUGUUCCACAAGCAAUUGACGCAGGAGGAAUGCAGGAAAUGUACAAUCACAUAGGCAGGUCAGACAGCAUAGGCAGCGCACACAGCUUAGGAAACUUUUCAAUUACCUCAGAAUCUGCUCUCAGCUACAAUCGCUUGGAGAGACUUCCAAGUUGGGGCUCCAGCUCUACUCAACCCAGAGAACAGUACAACAGACUUAACCCUGCAGUGCCAUCAGCUGGUAGCAUACGUGAAGGUAGCUAUGACAGACUGGCUCGCUCACCAAGUACUACAAGCCGUAACUUACCUGAGUCACUGGACAGAGGAUUAGAAGUGGAUGGGGGAUGUCCCCUGAACCAGCUCCCAACCAGUCAACAGAUGUCAGGAGAGCAAAUGACCCCCACCACAACCAAAGAUCAUUUUGGAAUGGGAGGAUCUUUUGAUGAAUUGACAAGAAGCAGUGAAUACUCCAAAGAAUCAAGUAAUAUGCAAUCAAAGCCAGAGCUACCUAGCAGACCAGAAUCCACUCAGCAAGGUACUCCACCUGACCAACAGAAAGGGCCAAAGUACUCAAGAAGAGAACACUCACUAUCCAUAGUUGGAUCUCCAAAUUUUAUGUACUUGAAUGCAGCUUAUUCCUCUAGUGUUGAGGUUCUGCCAGCCCUGUAUGCUACAGUUGAUCUAAGCAAGAAGAAAAAGAACAGAGCGGCAGUUGCUGAGAGAGCUUCAGACACUGCACUGACUAGACGGAGAAGCAAGAGCUCUGACAGCAUUUUAAGUACAUCACCAACUUUCACCCACUUUACAGCAUUUGCAGCAGAUGCUGAAUACAAAAGCUCUGAAGAUUCAUUAAUUUCCAUGAUCCCUCCACAAACACCAUGCACUGAAAGGGUUUCUUUGGCUCUUAAAAGCUCAGUGUCAGAACCUUCAGAUGUUGGAGAUCAAGCUGAGUGCAUUACUAAUCUUCCAGCACUUCCAGCUAAGAAGGGCAACUAUGGUGGACAGGUGGAAGCUUUGGAGAGAACUUUAUCUGAAGUGUCACACUUUUCACAAAUGGAAAAGUGAUGGCAGGCUUGUGAUAAAUGAACAUGUUAGUUCUCAUUUGGUUUAUCCUGAAAAGACAGCGUUACUCAUGAUAACAAUAUAUUAAAAAGAAUUUUUCUUGCAAAGAAUACUGAAUGGUGCCAGCAACUAUGGUCAUCAAGGUCAUAAAUAGAGGUAGAGGGUGGAUGGGAUAAAUAGCUAUGACUAUAGGGGAGGUGCUGAGAGGUAGUCCUUUGAUACAGUUUUAAUUCAAGCACCCUGUGUCAAAUUUGUUGUCGGUUGAUAAAGUAUUUGCUUUUAAUUAUUAUUUCAGCCUAAAGAGGUAUCUUUUGUUUAACCAUAAUUAAAAGGCUGCUUUAUUUCAUAAUUGUUUUGCAGUGGGCAGUAAAAAAAAAAUGGUGGAAAUUUCUGGGAGUUAAACUAGGGAAGGAUUCCUGUGCAGUUUAUGUAGUUUCAGGAAAAAGAAUUGGUUAUGUAAUUUCCCAUGAUAAGAAAUCAACAUAUUUGAUAGAAACUGAGAGUAUGCUGUUUACCAUUUAAAUAUAGGAAAUUAAUGCUUCAUUAAGUUGCAGUAAUUUUUGUUAUCUUUAAUUUCUGGGUCAUUGAUUAUUCAGCAUGUUAAUUUCUGCAACCUUUAUUUCCACCAUUCUCCAUACACUCCAGACUCAAUUUUAGCCCCACCUUUACGUUAAUUUUUUUAUUGGGAAGUAAUUAUUCCUUCAAUUUGCAUUAAUUUGAGUCAUGUUAAUUGUUAAUACCUUAAUUAUCACAAAAUUAAAACUUCCUAUAAUAAGGUAAUUGUUAGCAUGCCACUGGAAGUUGGAGCUCCUCAAACCAGCAGCAGCUCCCACUGCUGUCUUUCAGUCAUAAGGCCAUCCCUGGGUACCAAAUCAGAUUGCAUGUUUUCUUGUGUGUUAUGCUAGUAACAUGGCUAAAUGUAAUAUGGGCAAAGUUUAUCUCGAGCCAAUGCUGGUCAGUGGCCUUUCAGGGCAACCAUGUUCCGAGGGGUCUCAUGUGGGGUUUUACAAGGCUUAUGUGUUUUGCUUGCCGAUUGUUACAGCACAGGCAGUUUGCUUCAAGUGCCAUUCAUGCUUGUAGCAUGCUUUUGCUGGUGACAGUAUGCAUAUGGGUUGGUUCAGUAUCUCCACUGACUCUGUCAGUGUGACUGAGCCUGGUGGUCACCACUCUCAGGGUUUCCAUGGAUACCUGCAUGCUCUGCUCAUAUCUUGCCAGGCUCUACCGUCCCUUAGGCACCUUUCUCAAGCUCCAAAAUUGGCGAUGUGUUUAAAUGAUUAUGAUGGGAACACACAACUUAAAAAUAACUAUUUCUCUUUAUUCAAAUAUAAUAUAUUUUUUCCUGAAACAAAUUCUGCCUCUGUAACAUUCUAAUUACUUCAAAAUAAUUUUAUUGUCAAAUUUACAGACAUAGCACCAAAAAUAAGCUGCUACUUAAUUAAAGUUUAAAUUACCAUUUAAAUUCUGAAUUUCUUAAGAGACUAGUGGAAGGAUGUUAUGUUUAAUCAAAUCUAUCAUGGGAGUUAUUGGGAAUAAGCAGCAUUUGUUUAGCAAGUAAAAUAAAUCUUGUGAAUAUA